GCCGUUUCUCCUGUGUCUCAUCUCUGGCAAUGUGAUAUGGUGAUACCCUCUCCAUACUCUCUACCAUGCCAGCAUCUUCAUUCUCCUUUACUUUGUAAACCCAGUUCUCUGAUCACAGCUAGAAGAGGCAAUCACAACAAAUUCCUUCAUCAAGGGAAACGAUUCACUGUCAGUGUUAGGUCAUCACUGUAUACCCCAAAACAUGUCGCUCCCACGCCACUAUAUUGUCCAGAUGAAAUCCCUUCUUGGAAUGAUAAAUCUGAAACCAGCUUGUUUGUAAAUUAUGAUGACUCACCCAUCAAUGAAGAAGAACAAGAACGUAUGGGUUUCGAUAAGAGAAGCAGUACUGCAAGCAAAGUGCAAGCUCUCUUGGAUGGAAUUGGAGCAUUUGCAUCUGAGGAGGGAGAUGAUAUUCUUAAUAUCAUUCUGAAGAACUGUCGAAUCAGGACUCUUCUCGAUUUCAAUGAUCUUCUCAUGGGUUUGGUCAGUUCAAAUCAGCUUGAUCUUGCCUUGAAACUCCACUCAAAUCUGGAGAAGUACCAGGUGGUGCCAGAUUGUCAGACACAAUCACUCCUCAUCAGGUGUUAUUGCAAGAAAAAUGGUCUGGAUGAGGCCCUGAGAGUUUUAGAAGACAUGGUGAAAACUGGGUUUCACCCAGAUGCUGCAACAUUCACUGUUCUCAUAACUUCAUUGUCCAAAAGGGGCAGAUUGCAGAAGGCUUUUGAGGUUCUUGAGCUUAUGAACCAAAGUGGACAUAAACCCACUGUCCAAACAUUCAACAGCUUGUUAAAGGGGCUGUGUUAUGUGGGUAGGGUGGAGGAAGCAUGUGAGAGGUUGACAGAAAUCAAGAAAGCUUCUUUUAAGCCUGAUAUUUAUACAUACGCAGCUGUUAUGGAUGGGUUUUGCAAAGUGGGUAGAUCAAAUGAGGCCAUGGAAUUGCUUAAUGAAGCUCUAGAGAUGGGACUGACACCAACUGUGGUCACUUACAACACUCUGUUUCAUGGGUAUUGUAAGGAGGGGAGGCCUAUGGAUGGCAUUGGUGUUCUAAGACAAAUGGAGCAGAAAAAUUGCAAGCCUGAUUAUAUUACUUAUAAUACAUUGUUGCAUGGGUUGUUAAAGUGGGAUAAAAUUCUCACAGCAUUAAGAGUCUAUAAAGAGAUGGUUGGGAUUGGUUUUGAGGUUGAUGAGAGAAUUAUGAGAGCUCUUCUCAGAGGAUUAUGCAGGAAGUCUUUAAAAGAAAAGGACCUGUCAAAAGAUGCAUAUCAAGUGUUCGAGAAAAUGACAAGCAGAGCUUUAGGUAUUGACUACAGCACUUACGACCUCCUGAUCCAAGCUGUUUGCCUGAGGAAAGAAUCUGACAAGGCUUUUGUUGUUUUACAACAUAUGAUUGGGUUAGGCUAUAUUCCAAGGAUAAUCACAUUUAACAAUGUCAUUCGUGUGCUUUGUCUCCAUGGAAAGUUGAACAAGGCCUUGCUGGUUCUGGUUCUGAUAUAUGAAGAUAAUUGCAGAAUACCUAGCAGAAUCACCUAUGACCUUUUGCUUAGGGAGUUGGAUAUACAGGGACAGUCAUUAGGUGCUUGUAGUGUAUAUGGUGCUGCGCUGAAGCAAGGAAUGGUUCUGGAUAGAAAGCCACAAAGACGAGGAAACUAUCUCGAACAUCAAUGAACUUCUCAGAGCGUAAACUAGUGAUGCUUUCGGCUAAAAGCAGUUCUACUUCAAAGCAUUUGAUACAAACCCACCAUUAUCCUCUGAAAGAAGAAGAUGACAGCUUCUCAAUUGCAAAAAUGGCGUUUUUCUUGCAAAAUGUGUGGCAGACAACACUGUACUCUUACUACAAACAGAACUACCAGCGAGAACUUUUCUUCUCACAGGAACAAAUACGCUCGGUUCAUGUCUUGCGCAGAUCUUGAAUCGACCAAAAUUUUGUCACCCCUAUUCACCAAUCAAUAACAAAAACCAUGAUCCCGUACUAUUCCAUUCAUGCUCGGCUUGUAAUCCCGUUUAUUUAAAAAGUAACACCAACGAGAGUUGACUUGGUUGACAAUCGAUCGGA